AGGGAUUGUUGGCGCCAAUGAGUCGAGAACAGCAGAAGCGAGGGAAGCAAGAAAAAGGUUCUGAUGGUGCUGAAAAGGUUAUUGUUGCGGUCAAGGCAUCAAAGGAAAUUCCAAAGACUGCUCUUGUUUGGUCUCUGACUCAUGUUGUUCAACCUGGGGAUUGCAUUACACUGCUAGUGGUUGUACCGUCACAAAGUUCAGGCCGCAGAUUAUGGGGAUUUCCGAGGUUUUCUGGUGACUGUGCCAGUGGUCACAAGAAGUCUACUCCAGGAACAAGUUCAGAACAAAAGAGUGAUAUCACUGAUUCUUGCUCUCAAAUGAUCCUUCAGCUCCAUGAUGUCUAUGAUCCCAAUAAGAUAAAUGUCAAGAUUAAAAUUGUUUCUGGAUCAACUUCUGGAGCAGUGGCUGCAGAAGCCAAGAAGGCCCAAGCCAAUUGGGUCGUAUUAGACAAACAGCUCAAACACGAGGAAAAACAAUGCAUGGAAGAGCUGCAGUGCAACAUUGUGGUUAUGAAGCGUUCCCAACCCAAAGUACUCCGCUUGAAUUUGAUUGGAUCACAAAAGAAGGAUCUAGGAGAAGUAUGUCCAUUGCCUUCUGAGCAAGAUAAGAUGUCUGCAAAACAAACCAGGAAGAAUGAUUCUUUAAAUACCAUAAAAGGACCAGUUGUCACUCCAACUAGCAGCCCCGAGUUAGAGACACCGUUUACUGCAACUGAAGCUGGUACUUCAUCAGUUUCCAGCUCUGAUCCAGGAACUUCACCAUUUUUUAUCCCUGAGAUGAAUGCUGAGUCAAAGAAAGAGGAAACUAUCAAAGAAAAUCAAGAACUUGAUGGUACUAUUUCAGACACAGACAGUGAAAGUUUGCCCACAUCUUCAGCAAGCUUGAGAUUCCAGCCGUGGAUCACAAAUUUACUUUUACAUCAACAAUCAUCUCAACUUAGAGAAGAAAGAUCAGAAAGAUCUCAUAAUGGGCUUCAAUUGUCUACAACUAGAGCUUUGAUGGAAAAGUUCUCAAGGCUUGAUAGAGAAGCUGAAAUUGAGAUUUCAACCUGCAGGACAGACUUGGAUUUCAAUGGAAAGGUAAGAGAAGCAAUAGCAUUAUCUAGAAAUGCUCCACCUGGUCCACCUCCGUUAUGUUCAAUAUGUCAACACAAGGCUCCUAUUUUUGGAAAACCUCCAAGAUGGUUCAGCUAUGCUGAGUUGGAGCUUGCAACUGGUGGAUUUUCACAAGCCAAUUUCUUGGCCGAAGGAGGAUUUGGAUCUGUUCACAGAGGGGUUCUACCAGAUGAACAAGUCAUUGCUGUCAAGCAACAUAAAUUGGCUAGUUCUCAGGGUGAUCUUGAGUUUUGCUCAGAGGUAGAAGUCCUGAGCUGUGCUCAGCACCGAAAUGUUGUUAUGUUGAUUGGAUUCUGUAUUGAGGAUAAGAGAAGGCUACUGGUUUAUGAGUACAUAUGUAAUGGAUCAUUGGAUUCUCAUUUAUAUGGGAGACAACGGGAACCGUUAGAAUGGUCUGCACGGCAAAAAAUUGCUGUUGGAGCUGCUCGAGGGUUGCGAUAUCUUCAUGAAGAGUGCAGAGUUGGUUGCAUUAUCCACCGUGACAUGCGGCCAAACAACAUUCUUAUCACUCAUGAUUUUGAACCACUGGUUGGUGAUUUUGGACUGGCAAGGUGGCAGCCUGAUGGAGACACAGGAGUGGAAACUAGAGUAAUUGGAACAUUUGGGUAUUUGGCUCCUGAAUAUGCUCAAAGCGGCCAAGUAACUGAAAAGGCUGAUGUUUAUUCCUUUGGGGUGGUAUUAGUGGAGCUUGUUACAGGGCGAAAAGCUGUUGAUCUCAAUAGGCCCAAGGGACAACAGUGUCUUACUGAGUGGGCACGGCCACUUUUGGAAGGUUAUGCCAUUGAGGAACUUAUUGAUCCAAGGUUGGGAAGUCACUAUUCAGAACAUGAGGUCUCUUGCAUGCUACAUGCUGCAUCAUUAUGCAUAAGGAGAGAUCCUUAUUCUAGACCACGCAUGUCACAGGUUCUCCGAAUACUGGAGGGUGACAUGGUCAUGGACACAAAUUACAUUUCAACUCCUGGUUAUAAUAUGGGAAACCGGAGCGGUUGAUUUUGGCCAGCACCAUUACAGUGGUCCCCUGUUAUAUGAGUCAUUGAAAGCGUUCAAUGGGAAGCUGUGUCUGAAGAAGUAAAGGACUUCCUAUUGGGAAAAAGGACAAGGCUAAGCGAACAUCAUGUGAAGAUGACAUUUAAAGCGGUUCACGAUGAAAAUUGCAUUCUUGUUAUGCUAAAAUGUGUUUCUUGACUUCGUAUUUUGUAGUUUUCUUUCUAUCUCUAACUUUGCAUCUGUAUAGUAGCGAGAAAGUGGGAUAGUUAAUAUAUAGAAGCUUUUCAAAUUCGUUAGGAAAAUUAUGUAAACUUGUACCUAAAUGGCCUUUGAUCAGACUCGAGAACCGUCUAUAUGCUCUUGAAAUGGAUCAAAAAGCUUAUUGU